UCAGUCUGUCAGCUAAUGGGAGGGUUCAGUGUGCCAUUUUGUGUUAAUACAUUGCGCCAUGUGGUGUAUCACUGGUGUGGUAAGAUUCUGGAGAAAGGAGAGGUGCAGGUGUCUGAGAAGGAGCGGCAGUCGCAGCUGGAGUCUACGUUCAGAGAUGUGGCCACCGUUGUGGCUGACAAAUGUGUGAAUCCAGAGACCAAGAGACCGUACACUGUGGGUGUGGUUGAGAGAGCCAUGAGGGACGCACACGUCUCUCUAAAACCUCACAAGAACACCAAACAACAGGCCCUGGAGGUGAUCAGGAUCCUCCAGGAGACAAUUCCCCUCCAGAGAGCCAGCAUGAGGCUGAAAGUGACGCUGCCUGCACGAGAGGCUCGCCACGUGAGGGACAAGAUUCUGCCCCACCUCACAGUCCAGCACGAGGAGUGGGACAGCGACCAACUCUGCAUUGAGUGUCUGAUGGACCCAGGGUGCUACAGAGUGGUGGAGGAGGCAGUGAGGCAGGAGACCAAAGGCAGAGGAACUCUCGAGCUCCUCUCUAUCAAGGAAGUCGCUGAUGAAGAACACAUUCAAUGAACUUUGAUUUUAUACCUCUGAUAUUAUUUUUGUACUGGACCAU